CACUAUCAUUUGUCCGGAAUUGUAUUGUAGCCAUCGCCAUGCGGAGAGACGAAACCAAAAGGGAGUCUACCCGCGCUUUUCCCCAGUGGGCAGUGGAACAUAUCAAACCGACCUGCUGCUGCUGUUAAGUAGGAGUAGAUGGUGGUAGGUAGUUUUCCCCGGAUGAUAAACAAGCCGGGAAGCAAGCAACCCACGAUGCCCACAUGCACCAUGAUAAGCGACCCGUCUCCCAUUUUGUUUCACACUCAGCCAUUAUCUUCUCCAGGAGUUGGCAGACACUAGACCAGUGGCAAAGCUAAGCUGGUGGGAAUAGUUGGCAGAGCUCUGGUGAAAUGCUGCGAUGAAGUAGGCGGCUAAGCUGGAGGGACUAGUGUGGCUGACAGAGCAAAUUGCUCACUUGCUUGGCUGGCUGGUCGCUCUACCAUGUCCAUGUCCGUCCGGCUCCUACUCCGCUCCACCGCUCCUCCCCCGCACGCGCGCGAUGCGGCCGCCUCGGCUCUUCCUCGCCUUGCUCGUGGUGCCGCUGCUGCUGCUGCUGCUGCGGCCGGGCGCGGCGUCCACGCUCUCCACGUUCGCCAUGGCCAAGGCCGAGGAGACGACCAUAGUGUGCGGGCUGCUGCCGUCCGCGGCGUCGCCGGCGCUGCUUGACCUCAACUGCACGGCGGCCGGCGGCGACCACCAGCGCCAGGAGACGUACCCCUCCACGCACCCCUUCUCCGCGCUGGCCGGCGGGGAGGACUUCCUCUGCGCCGUCGGCCCCUCCUCCGCGCGCGCCGACGCCGUCGACAUGCGCUGGUGGGACCUGUCCAGGCACGCCGGCAGGUCCAAGCGGGUCUACCUCGGCCCGCCGCUCCGGGCGCUCGCCUCCAGCGGCUACCGCGUCUGCGGGGUGCUCUCCAGCGGCGAGCUCCAUUGCUGGCGCUGGCGCGGGCUGGCCAUCCCCACCGGGCUCCGCUUCGUCGCCGUCGCCGUCGGGAAGGGCUUCGUGUGCGGCAUCGUCGCGGGCCCGCCCACAGCCACGCCUAUCAGGUGCUUCGGGAACAAGACGGAGGAUAUCGAGGCCGUCACCGCCGCGCCGCGGGGCGGGAGCUACGACGUGGUGGUCGCGUGCGGCCGGCACGCGUGCGCGCUCUCCACGGGCGGUGGGCUCUCGUGCUGGGGCAGCGGCGCGCCGUCGUUGGACGGUGAGAACGCCACCGCCGGAUACGCUGCGCUCGCGCUGGGGGAGAGCGGCGUCUGCGGGCUGCGGACCAACGGCACCAUCCGCUGCUUCGGCGACGGCGUCGCUGCGCCGCCGGAGCCCCUCGCCGGUCUGCAGUACAUCGACGUCCAGGCGCAGGGCUGCGCGUUCUGCGGCGUCCUCAUGGCGAACUACUCCCUGGUGUGCUGGGGCGGCCACGAGUUCAACGCCACCAACCGCCUCGUCUUCGACCGCAUCCUGCCGGGCCCGUGCGUGCCCAUGUCCUCGUGCCAAUGCGGCGUCCUGCCGGGCUCGGCCAACCUCUGCGCCGCCGGCCGGUGCAUCUGCGUGGACUGCGCUUUCGAGCUCAACGUCGCCGUCCCCAAGGCAGCGAACCCUGGAAAGGCCGGCAGCGGCAGGAGGAGAAAGAUCAUUAUUUGGGCUGCCGUCGCGGCGGCUGCGUUGCUUGUGCUCGUGGUGGCAUUGCAGUUCGCGCUGCUCCUAUGGUGCCGCCGCCGUCGUCGCCGCAACAACAGCCAGGAUGAGCUUGCCGCGAUGCAGUCCCUGAUGCCGCCACGGCUUGGGUCCAGCAGGAGCAAGGGGCCCGGCAGCGUGGUGGAGCAUUUCACGCUGGACACCCUACGCGCGGCGACGGAGGGGUUCGACGACAGCCGCCGGAUCGGGUCCGGGAGCUUCGGGUCGGUGUACCGCGGCACGCUCCCGGACGGGCGGGAGGUGGCGAUCAAACGGGCCGAGGAUCACGCCAAGUCGUCGAGCUCGGCGGCGCGGCCGGCGCGGCGGCGCGACCGCGAGACAGCCUUCAACUCGGAGCUGAUUGCUCUGGCGCGCGCCAACCACAAGAACAUCGUGUGCCUGCUGGGGUGCUGCGCCGAGUCCGGCGAGCGCGUGCUGGUGUACGAGUUCAUGAUGAACGGCACCCUCCACGACCAGCUCCACGACCGCAGCCCCAUGGCGGCGCCGGUGCUGUCGUGGCGCGGCCGGCUGACCAUCGCGCUGGGCGCCGCGCGCGGCAUCGAGUACAUGCACGUCUACGCCGUGCCGCCCAUCAUCCACCGCGACAUCAAGUCCGCCAACAUCCUCAUGGACGACUCGUGGACGGCCAAGAUCGCCGACUUCGGGCUGUCCUCCGUCCUGGACCCCGCCGGCGACUGCGAGGACAACCCGCAGCAGCAGGAGCAGCCGCAGCAGCAGCGGACGAUCUACACCGGCGGCACGGUGGGGUACAUGGACCCGGAGUACUACCGGCUGCAGCACCUGACGGACAAGAGCGACGUGUACAGCUUCGGCGUGGUGCUCCUGGAGCUCAUGUCCGGCUGCCGCGUCGUGCAGCGGUACGCCGAGAGCGUGACGCCCAAGAACGUGGUGGACUUCACGGUGCCGCACAUCCUCGCCGACGACGUGGCGCGCGUGCUCGACCCGCGCCUCCCCACGCCGACGCCGCACGAGGCCGAGGCGCUGGCCUACGUCGGCUACCUCGCCGCCGACUGCGUGGGCCCCGUCGGCUGCGAGCGCCCGUCCAUGACCGAGGUGGUGGACGCCCUGGAGCGCGCGCUCGCGGCCUGCUCGACGGCGCCGGUCUCCCGCUCCGGGACCGCCCGCCGCGUGCUGUCCCGCUCCGGCACGGACCAGUUUGACCUCACUGACACCGACUAGCGAGGCCGGCCGCCAUUGACCGCCACGCAACCCACGCUGCUGAUGCGAUGUCUGGAUCCGCAUCGCGUCAGCAGCCACUGGAGCCGAGGGAGGGGCCCAGGAAGGAAGCCACGCGAGUCGCCAUUGGAACACACACAGUCGGGACGGAAAGCAAUGCGAGAGGACGGAAUCAGAAACGCGGAGAAGAAGCCAAAGCUGCGAGGAUUCCUCCGCGAAUUGACGGCGAAUUUUCGUGGCGAGCUGCUGAUCUUGGCGAUCGUGCUCCGGCUAGUCAAAAUCAAGGAGCGGCGACCGCUCGUUAACAACUCCACAGCGACGUCCCACCGGUUUCCGUUCGUCCUGCGUGCGUGCGUGCGGGUGAACCGGGGCAAAAUGAGAUGAGAAGACACGGCACCAUGGAAAAAAGGAGGCCAUUCUUUCUUACUUUUUUCUUUGUUUAUUUUCCUUGCGGCGUGCACGCCUGCAUUUGUUGUUUACUCUUUGGUUGUUUCAUUGGGCGUGGGGAUUCUUUAUUGAUGUGUAAUUGUGUAUAGAUUUUUCUUUCCGGGGAUAAUUGUGUAUACACUAUACAAGAUCAAAAGAUUAUUACAAAGGGUGGAUUUUUUCU